AUUUCUCAUCGGAGUUGGAGUGCAGAUGAAAAAUAUUAGAUUUCUUCAUACUGAAAACCAAGAUUUAUUUCUUUUAUGAAGUAGUCGAAUGAAUCAGCUCACCCUUGACUGUAACAAAAUACUGUUUGGUGACUUGUGACAGACAGGGUUUUAACCUCUGACAGCGAGAUUCAUUGUGGAGCAAGAGCCAAUCAUAGAUCCUGACGACACUUGUCUCAUCAAAGUUGGAAUAUAAAAAGCCACUUGGAAUACAGUAUAAAAGAUUCACUGGUGUGGCAAGUUGUCUCUCAGACUGUACAGGCAUUAAAAUUGUGCCUGGCAUUACUCAAAAGCAAAAGAAAAGUAAAAAGAAGAAAUAAGAACAAGGAAAAAGAUUGUAUUGAUUUUAAAAUCAUGCAGAAACUGCAAAUCUAUGUUUAUAUUUACCUGUUUAUGCUGAUUGUUGCUGGUCCAGUGGAUCUAAAUGAGAACAGUGAGCAAAAAGAAAAUGUGGAAAAAGAGGGGCUGUGCAAUGCAUGUACUUGGAGACAAAACACUAAAUCUUCAAGAAUAGAAGCCAUAAAAAUUCAGAUCCUCAGUAAACUUCGCCUGGAAACGGCUCCCAACAUCAGCAAAGAUGCUAUAAGACAACUUUUGCCCAAAGCUCCUCCGCUCCGGGAACUGAUUGAUCAGUACGAUGUCCAGAGAGAUGACAGCAGUGAUGGCUCUUUGGAAGACGACGAUUACCACGCUACCACGGAAACGAUCAUUACCAUGCCCACCGAGUCUGAUCUUCUAAUGCAAGUGGAAGGAAAACCCAAAUGUUGCUUCUUUAAAUUUAGCUCUAAAAUACAAUAUAAUAAAGUCGUAAAGGCCCAACUGUGGAUAUAUCUGAGACCCGUCAAGACUCCUACAACAGUGUUUGUGCAAAUCCUGAGACUCAUCAAACCCAUGAAAGACGGUACAAGGUAUACUGGAAUCCGAUCUCUGAAACUUGACAUGAACCCAGGCACUGGUAUUUGGCAGAGCAUUGAUGUGAAGACAGUGUUGCAAAAUUGGCUCAAACAGCCUGAAUCCAACUUAGGCAUUGAAAUCAAAGCUUUAGAUGAGAAUGGUCAUGAUCUUGCUGUAACCUUCCCAGGACCAGGAGAAGAUGGGCUGAAUCCCUUUUUAGAAGUCAAGGUGACAGACACACCAAAAAGAUCCAGACGAGAUUUUGGGCUUGACUGUGAUGAGCACUCAACAGAAUCUCGGUGCUGUCGUUACCCUCUCACUGUGGAUUUUGAAGCUUUUGGAUGGGAUUGGAUUAUUGCACCCAAAAGAUAUAAGGCCAAUUACUGCUCUGGAGAGUGUGAAUUUGUGUUUUUACAAAAAUAUCCUCAUACUCAUCUUGUACACCAAGCAAACCCCAGAGGUUCAGCAGGCCCCUGCUGUACUCCCACCAAGAUGUCUCCAAUUAAUAUGCUAUAUUUUAAUGGCAAAGAACAAAUAAUAUAUGGGAAAAUUCCAGCCAUGGUAGUAGAUCGCUGUGGGUGCUCAUGAGAUUUAUAUUUGGUUCAUAACUUCCUAAAAUAUGGAAGGCCUUCCCCUCAACAAUUUUGAAACUGUGAAAUUAUGUACCACAGGCUAUAAGCCUUGAGUAUGCUACAGUUACUUACGCACAAGCUCAGUAUAUGGACUAAAAGAGAGAAUAUAUGCAAUGGUUGGCAUUUAACCAUCAAAAUAAAUCAUACAACAAAAAGUCUUAUGAUUUCCAGAGUUUUUGAACGAGGAGAUCAAAUUACUUUUAUGUUCAUAUGUAUUACAACAUAUCUAGGUAAAUGAAAGCAAUUCUCCUUGUGUUCUUGUGAAUUAAAGGAGUGUGCUUUAAAGUCUAUUUCUUUAUGGUAUCAUUUAAUAUCUACAGUAAAAUCUGUAUGUAGUAUUGGUAAAAUGCAGGAUUGUUAAAUACUGUCAUUUGAAUCAUCCUCCAACACUUGAAUUUAUAUUGUACGAUAGCAUACUGGUAAGAUGAAAUUCCACAAAAAUAGGGAUGGUACACCAUUUGUAAGUCCCCAUCCCUAUUAUGAUCUGUACAGUACACUAACAAUCCAUGCCAAUGGUGCUAAUACAAUAGGCUGAAUGGCCGAUAUUAUCGGGUUUCUCGAAUAAAAAACAUUCAGUAAAAUAGUAAGUUUCUCCUUUCUUAAGGUGCAUUGUCAUACACCUCCAAAUGGGGAAUGGAUUUUCUUUAAUGAAAGAAGAAUCAUUUUUCUAGAGGUCAGCAUUCAAUUCUGUAGCAUACUUGAAGAAACUGCAUUAUCUUAAAAGGCAGCCAAAAAGUAUUUGUUUUUAAUCAGAAUUUCAAAAUUACAGCCUGCCUUUGCAACACUGCAGUUUUUAUGAUAAAAUAAUGGAAAUGACUGAUUCUAUCAAUAUUGUAUAAAAAGACUUUGAAACAAUUGCAUUUAUGUAAUAUGUAUACAAUAUUGUUUUGUAAAUAAGUGUCUCCUUUUUUAUUUACUUUGGUAUAUUUUUACGGUAAGGACAUUUCAAAUUAAGUCUUAAGGCACAAAGACAUGUCAUGGAUCACAGAAAAGCAACUGCUUAUAUUUCAGAGCAAAUUAGCAAAUUAAAUAGUGGUCUUAAAACUCCAUAUGGUAAUGGUUAGAUGGUUAUAUUACAAUCAUUUUAUAUUUUUUUACAUUAUUAACAUUCACUUAUGGAUUCAGGAUGGCUGUAUAAUGUGAAUGUGAAAUUUCAAUGGUUUACUGUCAUUGUAUUCAAAUCUCAACGUUCCAUUAUUUUAAUACUUAUAAAUAUUAUUAAGCAUACCAAAAUGAUUUAACUCUAUUAUCUGAAAUGCAAAAUAAUAAACUGAUGAUAUCUUAACAAGAAUUGUUAAUUUUAUUUUAUAAUUUGAUAAUGAAUAUAUUUCUGCAUAUAUUUACUUCUAUUUUGUAAAUUAGGAUUUUGUUAAUCAAAUUCAUUGUACUUAUGACUAAGUGAAAUUAUUUCCUACAUCUAAUGUGUAGAAACAAUCUAAAUUAUAUUAAAGUGUUUUCACCUUUUUUGAAAGACAA